UUGUAAAAGGUCGGUCCUAUAGGACGAUGCAUUUUCUUCCGCUGCUGUUAUGGAUGGCGUUGAUGUGUCAUAUCUCCAAUGCCCAGGAUUCCCCUCCGAGGCGGAGGACGGUAUGGAGACCUAAUGUGCGAUAUCGAGAGCUAGAACCCGACUUAUCUCCUUCGUUUACUCUACUGGCUCCUGCCAAGCUAAGACCUGGAACCAAACAGAACAUCCUUCUAGAGGGACACAACCUAUCCCAGGACACAAAAGUCUCUUUUGACAUCAAAAACUACCCACCAACAAGUAUUCUGCUAAGUGGCCAUGUCAUCCUUAAUAAGCAAAACGGCUACAGUGCGCUCAAAACCAUUGAGCUCGAUCCAAAUCUGCUCCAUAUGGAUGAAAAGAAAAAGAAUUAUGUGCAGCUGUUCGUUCAGUUCAGCGGUCAUAAAAUGGAGAGAAUCAUACCGCUGUCAACCCGAGCUGGAUACAUCUUCAUUCAGACGGACAAACCUGUUUAUAACCCUGGAGACACAUUACGUUGCAGGGCUUUUGUAUCUAAUACAGAGUUCAAUGCUGUGGAGAAAUCCAUAUCUCUGGAGAUUCAGAACCCAGAUGGUAUUGCAGUGCACGGUAUGUCCAGAGUCUUUGCAAAUGAUGGAGUCUUCUCGCAUAUCUACCCCCUGUCUAAUGUAGUCAAAGAGGGCAGGUGGAAAGUUGUUGCCAAGUUUGACGAGGGAAAAGAAAACACAUUCAGCAGAGAGUUUGAAGUAAAGAAAUAUGUUUUGCCGGCAUUCAAUGUCACUUUGACUCCCAAGACGUCUCACCUUAGCUUGGAUGAUGAAAAGCUGGAGAUAGAAGUCAGUGCCAGGUAUCUUUAUGGUAGCCCAGUGCAGGGUACAGCAUAUGUGCUGUUCGGUAUUGAAAUAAAUGGGGAAAAGAAGAGACUCUCUUCUAUGAAGCAACUGAAUGAUCUGGACAGAGGACUCGUGACUUUAACCAUGGAGGAGAUAAAGAGGGUGUAUCCCGACACACGUAGCCUAGUGGGGUCAUCUGUGUAUGUCAAAGCUUCAGUUAUGACCAGCUCAGGCAGUGACCUUGUUGAAUCGGAGAAAUCAGGCAUUAAAAUAGUCAUCUCGCCCUACGUGAUUUCCUUCAGGGACACACCUCAGUAUUUUAAACCUGGUCUGCCUUUUGAUAUGAUGGUCACAGUGAGUAACCAUGAUGGAUCUCCUGCCUGUAAUAUACCUGUUAAGAUCAACCACCUUCAAAGCACACUCAACACACCGAACACUGGCAUUCUUACAGUGUCUCUGAACAUGCCAAAUAUUGUGACACUACAAAUAAUAAAAGUGGAGACGGUGGUUGAAGGUCUAAAGGCAGAACAACAGGCUGUACAAGAGUUGCGUGUGGAGCCAUACACCCCUUUUAGGAGUAACUUCGCAAACUACUUGUAUAUCUCGGUUGGCAGAAACAAAGUAAGAGUGGGGGAUAUUCUUAACUUUAAAGUUUACAUCAGCACUUCAUCUCCAGGACAGAGAAACCUUGUGCAGCAUCUAACAUACACAGUGUUAAAUAAAGGAAAAAUAAUCCAAGCUGCCAGAGUCAGUGUCAAAGACCAGGAAUUCACAAACAUUCCUCUGCUGGUUACCACGGAAAUGCUCCCCUCAUUUCGGUUUGUGGGGUACUACAUGUUGCCGUGGCAAAACAGGGCAGAAGUGGUGUCAGACUCAGUCUUGGUGGAUGUGGAAGACCGAUGCGUAGGUUCGCUCAGUGUGGAACCGAUGCAGGGAGAUAUUUUACCAGGCAGCAGCUUUCAGUUCAAAGUUACAGGUGACCCUGGAGCAAAGGUCAGCCUGGUCGCCGUGGACAACGCCAUUUUUCUGUUGAGCAAAAACCGGCUGACGCAGAAAAAAGUGUGGGAGGUGGUGGGUGAGGGGGAUAUGGGCUGCACCACAGGAGGAGGAAGGGAAAGUAUGAGUGUGUUUGCUGAUGCAGGACUGAUGUUUUAUUCCAGCACUGGUGUCUCCACUGAAGCCAGAACAGAUCGAUGCUCCAACAAAUCCAGGAAAAAGCGUUCUUCUGCUAGACUCCAGCUCAAACAGCAGAUGGAAAAGGAAUACCCUGAUAAGUUCCUCCAGAGGUGUUGCGUGGACGGCAUGAGGGACAUUCCCAUGCCGUACUCGUGCUAUCGUCGCAUCCUAUACAUCACGGAGGACUGGAGCUGCGUCUUGGCUUUCCUUCGCUGUUGCACGCAGUACAGGGGCGAGCCGCUUGUAGACAUUACCAGACCUCCACCAACUACCCUUCCACCGACCACAACUCCUCCAACCACCACAACGUUCGGUCCACCUAUAAGACAUGGUUAUCAUUUUAUGAAUGUUGCUCAACGUGAAUAUUUUAUGCUGGGAACACCGCUCCUCGUUGGGAUGGCUGGGAUUCCUGGACCUCCUGCAGGACGUCGUCCACUUGUAGCCGUAAGGAGUGACGAGGAUGCUCAACCUGUUAUUGUACAAGGUGCACACACCGAAGAGGAGGAAGAAGAAGAUGACGACUUUGAUGAUGCUGACAUAGAGGACAUUUACGUCCGCUCCAAGUUCUUCGAAUCCUGGCUGUGGACUGAUAUCAGACUGCCCGACAUACCCAAGCCUGGGAGAACGAAUGGGUUGGCUGUAUAUCAGGUGGAUACUGUUCUUCCUGAUAGUAUCACUCAGUGGGGCUUUCUUGCCAUCAGCGCUUCACCUAAAACAGGUUUUUGUGUUGCUGAACCCUAUAACGUCAGGGCGUUUAAGCCGUUCUUCAUAGACCUGCGGUUACCUCAUUCGGUGUCCAGAAAUGAACAUGUGGAAAUCAAAGCCGUGGUUCACAACUACAGGAAUUCAACACUUGAGGUAACUGUGAUCCUGGAUAAAACAGAGGACAUGUGCAGCGUGGCGUUCAACGGCCCCCACAGACAGAAGAUCACAGUACAGGCCAUUUCUUCUUCUCUCGUUUCAUACACCAUCAUCCCUCUUAAAACCGGAGAGCUUCCUCUACAGCUCACAGCCAUUGCGUCCAACUUCAUGGGGCAAGAUGCAGUGAGGAAGAAUCUACGUGUAGUGGUUGAGGGCAUCCAGACGUUGAAAGUGAGGAGCUUUGUGUUGGACCCCUCUGAGAAAGGAGGUCAGGCAAGUAGACAGGUGAUACGAGUGGACGAGGUGCAGUUGGACUCUGUUGUACCGAACUCUCUUCCACAAACCUUUGUCAAUGUCAGAGGUGAUGUGCUGGCAGACAGUAUUGAUAACUCCAUUAAUGAAGAUUCUCUGGCAACGUUGAUCCGCAUGCCCGGUGGAUGUGUGGAACAGAACCUGGCAAGCAUCACGCUGCCUCUCAUUGCAGCUCAUUACCUGGACCGCAGUGCACAGUGGGACAGUGUGGGAAUAAACCGAAGAGAAGAGGCUAUUAAAUACAUACAGAGAGGUUAUGAAAACCAGCUUAAUUAUCGAAAAUCGGAUGAUUCGUACCCGCCCUACCGCAAUGAAGGCACAAGCACAUGGAUCACAGCAUAUGUGAUGAAGGUUUUCUCCAUGGCAAACUCGUAUAUUAGUGUGAAUAAGAAGCAUCUGUGUGGGCCUCUGCUGUAUUUACUGAAGAACAAACAGCAGCCAGAUGGGUCGUUUAAAGAGGAUAAUCCCGUCUACACCACUAGCAUGACAGGAGGCCUGCAGGGUCCUGAAUCAAGAGUGUCUAUGACAGCGUUUGUGCUGAUUGCUUUGGCGGAAGCAAGAAAUGCUCUUAGUUGCCAAGAGCCUGGUCUGGACAUAGAUGACAGUUUCAGAAAAGCAGCAGUGUAUCUACAGAAACCUUUCCCUCGGCUGGAAAGGCCGUACACAGCGGCUAUAGCAUGUUACGCUUUGGCGUUAUCCAAUCAUGGCUGCUCAAAGAGAAUCUUGCUAAAGUCAGCAUCAGGAGGUGGUACCCGCUGGCAUGACUCUAAUAAUUAUUACUUCACGCUGGAAGCUACAGGCUACGCAUUGUUGGCUCUGAUCAAAGGAGGUCACAUGGAAGAAGCGGCAGCCCCAUUUCGAUGGUUGAAUGAGCAGCGAGGUGUUGGAGGAGGAUACGGCUCUACUCAGUCCACCAUGGUAGUGCUUCAGGCUCUGUCUGAGUAUCUUGUAAAGAGACCUCCUCCUUCUGAUCUUAAUCUGCUGGUGGAGUUGAGCGUGCCGGGUCGCAGCGAUGUACGCUGGAACUUCAUCCCCAAAGUGGCUUACGUGGCUCGAUCAUCAAAUGUUCCUCUUGAUCAGGAAUUCACAGUGGUGGCUUCUGGGAAUGGCAGGGGCAUCUUGGAGGUCGUGACAGUGUAUCAUCAGCUCCCAGAGAUGUAUGAGAACGGCACAUGUAAUGGCUUUCAGCUGGACGUCUCCAUCUCUGAGACUGGUGAAAAACCUCCACCGGAUGUUGAAAAGUCCUAUAGACUCAAUAUUAAUGUGAGGUCUGUGGAGGGACACCAGGCGAGGAUGGUAAUUCUGGAUAUCGGCCUUCCAACUGGCUUUGAACCUGAAAACUCAGAUUUAGAGCUGCUUACAAAUUCAGUGGACCGAUACAUCAACAACUUCCAAGUAGUGGAUAACCUGAGUGACCGAGGAUCUCUCAUAAUUCACCUGUUUAAGGUGUCCAGUUCUGAGACAGACGUGAUCUCAUUCAGACUGCAUCAGAAAUUCAAAGUGGGCCACCUUCAGCCUUCCACUGUUACAGUUUACCAGUACUACAACAAAGAUAAACGCUGCAGCAGGUUCUACUCUCCCCCUGAAGACAAACAGCAGCUUGAUAAAAUCUGCAGAGAUAACGUGUGUCGCUGCACACAGGGAGAUUGCUGUGUAGUAAAACCCGACUCCUUGACUGUUGGUGGAGAGAAAAGGAGGGCAACUGCGUGUAGUGGAUUACAUCACGCCUACAGGGUUAAACUGCUCAGUGUCCACCGGAGUCACUAUGACCAGUAUGAGAUGGAGAUUGUGCAGAUUAUUAAAGAGGGAUCUGAAGUUGGCCUGAAGGAAACGGACAGGAGAACUUUCCUCUCACAUGCAACCUGUAGAUCUGGGCUGAACUUGAGAGAAGGUCAUGAUUAUCUGAUCAUUGGCCUGUUCACUGACGUCUGGCAUGCAGGGAGCGCAUCCAGCAGCUAUGUCUAUUCGCUGGGUAAGGACACGUGGUUGGAGCGAUGGCCGUCCGAAUCAGAAUGUAGCUCCACGAUGCAGGUUAAAUGUGCAGAGCUGAAGAGUUUUGAAACAGAGCUGACAAAGAGCGGCUGUCAGACUUGAGCAAUGUUUUAGACGGGAAUGUGACAAAUCUUAUUUUCUUAAACAGUAUUUUAAUCCGUGAAUAUUUUCAUUCUAAAAAUGCAUGAUAUGAUCCAUAUGUAAAACUGGACUAUCUGUUGCACAUUGAAUUAAAGUAA